AAUCUCUCCCCCAUUGCAAGUCAGUUUGCGGCGAGCUUUGGAGCCGGACGGUGCUGGUUUUUUUUUUUUCUCUCUGCGAGAGUUGUCGCGAUUCGCGGAACGUGGUCAUUACCGGAUCGAUUCGUCAGAAGUAGCAGUUGUAACGGAGUACAACAGAAUCUCCCCGUCCUCGUCGUGAGUGCAGUAUUCGUCCACACCGCAGCCCGCCAAUGUCAACGGUGGUAAAGACCAGCGAACACGUUCCGCUGAAUUCCAGCGCUACCGACGAGUCGGACUACACCAAUCAGAUGACCAUUACGGCGAGCGAGUCCGAACAGAAGGCACUCACUAGCGCCAUGAAAUCUGCACGUGUGCCGGUCAUAGUAGGCGCAACCGGUAAGGACGCAGCCAGUCCGCGGAAGAAACCGCUGGGAACGGAUUUCGUACCACCUGACGGCGGUUGGGGCUGGAUGGUGGUUUUGGCCGCCGGAUGCUCCAAUCUGUGCACCUUCCCGGCGCUUCAGCAGUUUGGUUUGCUGUUUCGCGAACGCAUGCAUCUACUCGACAUCAAUUCGUCGGAGAUAACGACCAUUAUCAACACCAACUCGGCGCUGAUGUCGAUCGUAGGGCUCGCCAACGGACCCAUGUUCCGACGGUUCUCGUACCGGCAGGUUGCCUUCUUCGGCGCCUCCCUAGUGACCCUGGCCCUGUUCCUGACUUCGUUGGCCCACUCGUUCGGGAUGUACCUGGUCACGUUUUCAGUAUUGUACGGUUCCGGCGUCGGAAUCACCGCUUCCGCCAACUCCCUCGCCCUGAACACGUACUUCAGGGAGAAGCGCCGGUACGCAACCGGCUUCUCGUGGACCGCUACGGCGCUAGGUCCGAUCAUCGCUCCCCACGUGAUCAACUACCUGAUGCCACGAUACGGCAUUGACGGUACCGUGCUGAUCUUUGCCGGCAUCGCCAUGAACGCGAUCGUCUGUUCGAUGCUGCUCCAACCGGUCGAGUGGCACGUGAAGCAGCCUCCCGCGGAGGACGUGGAGAAGGUCAAACCGGAGGAGCCGGUGCAGUGUCAGUUCUGCGCUUCACACCCCCUCCGAAAAGAUCACAGUAUUCUUUCCAGUCAGUAUUUGUACAACGCGGACGAUGUCUGCGCAACCGGGUACGAAAUCAUCGAUCCCGGAACUCCCAUGCUAUCGCGAGCCAACGACGGUUGGUACUCCGGAAACCCUGCACGAUCUCACUACGGCUCUCGCCUGAACCUUGGUGGAACGCCAAGCCGGAUGCCCUCGUCCAGACCUUCCUUCGUGAACCUAACCGCUGCGGUGGAAGCAACCAAACGCCAACACCCAGCAACUCCACCCGUCAGUGCGUUUUCUCCGCCGCAGCACGUCAGCGAGCGGAAGUAUCUUGCGGAUAACCAUAGCGCACGAUCAACCGGAGGAGCGUUCCGGCGACGUUCCAAUACCUUCAACCGGGAGAAGGAAGUUCUCAAGAUGGCAUCCCGCAAGCUGGAGCAGAUCGUGGAUCACGAAACGUGCUGUCAGUGUACGUGCGAAGAGGAACGUCAGACGCUGCUAAAAAGCCAACCGGAGGUCGUAGCAGAACCCGCGGAUCAACCCACCCCCCAUUACAGUAUUCUCCAGAAGAUCGUCAUCUUCUUCGAUCUGGAUCUACUCAAAGAUCUCAUCUACGACAACAUUAUGGUCGGCGUCACGCUGGCCAACUUUGCCGAGCUCAACUUUUCCGUGCUCACUCCGUUCGUGCUUGGGGACUUUGGCCUCACAAAGGAGCAGAUCGCCAUGACGAUGAGCUUGCUGGGUGCGAUGGACAUCUUCUGUCGGUUCUUCAUCCCGUUCAUCGCUGGAAAGAUCGGCUGGGAGAACCGGACGUUCUUCCUGUUUGGCGUGCUGAACAUGGCGUUCGGACGAAUCGUUUUAGCUCACUUCCACUCGUACUCGGUGGUCCUCGCCGUGGCCUGCUGGAUCGGCUUCAACAAGGGACUGCGCACCGUUUUUAUGGCGCUGGCCAUUCCGUCUCACGUUCCGCUUGACCGGUUGCCGGGCGCGACCGGGAUUCAGCUGCUGUUUUCCGGCGUGUUCUACCUCCUGAUGGGACCACUAAUUGGCUUCAUCCGGGACCGCACCAACUACACCGUCACGCUGCACUGCCUGAACGUGGCCACCUACCUGACGGCGCUGAGCUGGGGCCUGGAGAUGUACUACUUCACACCGCGGCGGAUUCGCCGCGAGAAAGCAGCGGACGCGGAAAAGGCGGCUGUCAUCUGAGUUGAAAUAUAUGAUCUUUUUAUUAAAAAAGAAGUGAUGGCGAA